AUAAGGAGAAGGGAGGAAAAAAAAAAAAAGAGAUAUUAAUUCAAUUUUAAUGAGUUUUACUUUUUAGUCAUGUUUUGAUUAAAAAAAAAAAAAAAAAACCCCUCUUUCUUCUUUCCCAGAUAAAAGCCGCCAAAAAGAAAUCAGCAAAAUUCCAAAGAGCUUAAAAGAAAUGGUGUUCUCCUCUAACCCGUUGGCGUUAAGCGUACCCGACCCGGCAUUUGAGUCAUGGCUCCGAGAAAAAGGCUACCUUGAAAUUCUCGACCAGCGAAGCUCAGACCUCCACCGUAUAUCCACGGCCGCCGCCGGGGACGGCGCCGCUGCCACCUCCGUUUCGGCCUCCUCCGGCGGAUCCGACAAUUCGAACGCUGCUACCCAUAUCCCCACCUUCCUCCCAUACGGUGCCUUUGUUUCUUGUUUCUCAUAUUUAAAAAUACUGAUUUCUCUCCUCACUCUCAACCCUUUCGCCAAGCUGACCAACGACGACUUCGCCGGCAACACCCCUUCUUGGACUAAAGCUUUUAUCGGUUCCUUUGGGUCCUACUCGUUUCCCACCUCGCUGGACCAGGCCCGACUUCGGACCCAUGAGAAUGUCAAACGCUUUGCUCGUAACUACGCUUCCCUCUUCAUCCUCUUCUUGGCAUGCUCUCUGUAUCAGAUGCCAAUUGCCCUUGUCGGAUUGUUGUUGUCCUUGGCCCUCUGGGAUGGUUUCAAAUAUUGUGGUGAUCACUGGAAGUUAGAUCAGCGGCCUGUUCUUAGGCAGACCUUGGUACGAGUUGCACAAUGUGGUAAGCUUUUGAUGCAUGCAAUUUACAGUUUUCCACUUCUGGUUUCAGCAUGUAUGGUUUGGAACGGCAAAUUGUUUCUUUGCAUUAGAGGAAAGAGAACAUUUUCUUUUGAUACUGACUUAACAGCUUUAUAAGAUGUUCUCAAUAGUCUUUUAUGAAAGCAUGUGCUCUUCUCCAGACAGUGAGCCCAGAUUCUGGAAUAUCAAGUGCUUGCUAGUUUUUCAUGAAGUUUUUAGGAAAAGAACGGAGUAAUUUUCAAAUUGAACAGGCUUCAUGCAGUUCAUAGAUGCUUCAAGUGCUAUCAGCUGAUUUACGAACACUUCUCUUAAGUUGUUUUGAGCUUCCAUCAGUUUUCUCAGUGUCUGAACCUGCGCCUUAACAUGACACUUGUUCUGCUCUCGCUAUUGUCAAAUUGUCACUCAUUUCUCCAAUCUUCACAAGUUGCCAGAAUGUAGUGCACAUGCGUAUUCUGAAACGAAGGGAAGUUCGUAACAUUUGUUGAUAACUAUAGUUGAUGGAUUGGACUGUGCGGUGUAUUCUUGAUGAUUCACUUGAAUUGGGCUUUAGUUCUUUGAUAAUGUUCUAACCAUGUCCUGUUUCAAAACUUUGUCCAACUGAGUCUGAGGGUAUAUGAACUCAAUUUGAUUUAACUUUUUCAUUUUAUGUCGUUAGUUAUUUGGUAGUAAAUGCAUGCUUGGUGCACUUGUUAUUCCGUCACUUUAUUAAUGAGUUUUACCAUCAUGGCAGCAACGGCAGUUAUUCUGUUUUUCUCCAAUGUUCAAGUAGCCCUCUUGUAUGCUCUUGGUGUAAGUUAUGCAGGUAAUGCAAUUUCACUAAAAGCUUCCUCACAUCGUCCUUAAACUUUAUUGUGUAAUUGUAUUCGAUCUGAUCUCCCAAUUGCAUAUAUUUUCAGUCUUGGUUUUGCACGCCUCAUUCAGGAAGCUUACCCCAGCAAAACAACCUUCUCAGAGUGAAAGGAGUAGAAGGAUUCCUAAAAAAUGACGAGAAAAGAUGAGAGUUAUUAGUUCAGUCUUUGAUUGUUUGUAUAGCAAGCUGGGUGCAAAAGAACUAUCCAAUCCCAAUGGGAAAUAGUUGCUGCUGUGCUGAAAGUUAGUUGGACUAUGUAAAGGAUGGCUACAACUGAUGGUUGAUUUAGAUAUUUUUCCUCACAAGUUAGUCUUCCCCUUUCUAAUGUCAUUUCUUCGAAGAUAUAGAACAUUUCUAAUGUAAUUCCCAAACUGUUAUACCAAUGAUCAUAACCUGCUUCAACAUUAUCCUCAACAAUGAACAAUCUGACGAAGCGAAUGCGAU